CCUGGGCUGGGAACCAGGGGAAGUUGCAACAAGUUAAGCUGAAGACUGAAGCGAGAGCUGGGUCAGGAGACAUGAGCAUUGAGGAAGACAACACUAGAUGUCCUUUACCUAUCUUGGGCUUGAAUCUUGACCAACAAGAGCCACGGGAUUUUUUUAAAGGUGGCCACUCUAACUGCACUGGACCUCUACAACUAUGGCCUCCUGCCCAGACUCAGAUAAUAGCUGGGUGCUUGCCGGCUCUGAGAAUCUACCUGUGGAGACUCUAGGCCCAGAACCCAGGAUAGACCCUGAAUCUGAGGGAAACCCCCAGGCCCUUCAGGACUCCUCCAAGGCAGAUGGCAAAGAAUUAGCUGGGACCUUGGAUGGAGAAGAGACGCUUUUCCAGACGGAAAGUUCCCAGAGUGAAAGUACUGCUCUGCCAGAGGAGUCUGAGGCCAAGGGCACUCUGGGAGGUGAUGGUCAUGGGACAGAGACCCCUGGAGACACAGUGGUCCAGGAAGAUUUGCAGGAGACUCCUGAGGUGACGAACCUUGGACCAGACACACAGGACCUGGAGAGUGAGAUCCAUCCACAGAACCUGCCCUCGAGUCCCAGAACAGUUUGGAAAGAGCAUCACUGCUCCAGCAGUGACGAUGACACUGACGUAGAUGUGGAGGGUCUGCGGAGACGGAGGGGCCGGGAGCCCAGCCCACCCCAGCGCAUGGUACCCGAGGAUGUGGAGGACCAGGCCAAGGGCGAGGGCAUAGGUGGAGAGCUGGGCAUCUCCCUCAACAUGUGUUUCCUGGGGGCCCUGGUUCUUCUGGGCCUGGGGAUCCUCCUGUUCUCUGGUGCACUGCUGGAGCCCGAGACUGGGCCCAUGGAGGAAGCUGAGUUGCAGGUCUUUCCGGAAACUGGGCCAGAGACUGAGCUGGUAGACACUAUGGGGAACAGGCAGGAUGAAAUACAGCAGCUGCAGGCCUCGGUGCCACCAGACAGUGUCCCCAACCUGCAGAGUAUGGGGCUUCUGCUGGACAAGCUGGCCAAGGAAAACCAGGAUAUUCGGUUGCUGCAGGCUCAGCUGCAGGCUCAGAAAGAAGAGCUUCAGAGCCUGUUGCACCAGCCCAAUGGGCUAGAGGAGGAGAAUGCCCGGCUCCGGGAAGCCCUGCAGCAGGGCAAGACCUCCCACCAGGCCCUAGAGUCAGAACUACAGCAGCUAAGGGCCCGACUCCAAGGGCUAGAGGCUAACUGUGUCCGGGGUGUAGAUGGGGUGUGUCUCAACUGGGGUGGAGGUCCACAAGGUGGCAAGGCCACCAAGGAACAAGGCCACAAGGGGCAGGAACCAGACCCCAGCUUAUUGGAGCAGCAUAAGCAGCUUGAGGCUGAGGCCAAGGCCCUAAGACAGGAGCUGCAGAGGCAGUGGCAGCUCUUGGGUUCUGUGCACCGUGACUUGCAGAGGGGCUUGCAAGAUGUUGGCCAGGGAGCCCCAGCUCACGCUGGCCUGGCUGAACUUGGUCACAUGUUGGCCCAGACGUUGCAGGGCCUAGAGAACCAGGGUAUUAGCACUGGCAGGUCCUCCAAUGACUCGGAGGCAUGGUUCCAGAAGAAGCCUCACUUCCAGAAUCCCAGGGAGUGGAGUGGGAAGGAGAAGUGGCGCAGUGGGCAGAGGGAUCAGAAGGCUGAGCACUGGAGGCCACGGAAGGAGGAGUCUGGCCAGGAGAGGAAGAGGAGCUGGAGGGACGAGGGCAGGGAAUUCACAGGACACUGGAAGGAAGACAGGCUGAGGGCAGAAGAAUCGGGGAGCAGAAAGGACAGCAAGCGGCAGGACCCAAAGGUACACCCUAGGAAAAGUGGGAACCCACACUCUGGAGAAAGGCAGAAGCAUUCUUGGGGGAAAGACAACAGCCCUGGCACCCUGUCCUCCUGGGAGGAGCUGCUGAGGCGCAAGUACCGGCCCCCUCAGGGCUGUUCAGGUGUGGCCGACUGUGCCCGGCAAGAAGGCCUGGCCCUCUUUGGCGUGGAGCUGGCCCCAGUGCGGCAGCAGGAGCUGGCCUCUGUGCUGAGAGAAUACUUGGCUCGGCUCCCCUGGGCUGGGCAGCUGACCAAACAGCUGCCCCUCUCACCUGCUUACUUUGGAGAAGAUGGCAUCUUCAGGCAUGACCGCCUUCGCUUCAGGGAUUUUGUGGAUGCACUGGAAGACAGCCUGGAGGAGGUGGCACUGAAGCAGACAGGUGAUGAUGAUGAAGUGGAUGACUUUGAGGACUUCGUCUUCAGCCACUUCUUUGGAGACAAGGCACUGAGGAAGAGGUCAAGAAAGAAGGAGAAGCACUCUUGGAACCCCAGAGUUGUGGGACCCCGGGAAGAGCACAGCUGCCAUCCCCACCACCAUUACCAAGGCUGAGCCCUGCUCCUGCUGCAACAGACAGCCUUGGCGUGUACCCAGCUCAAGAUGCCUGGAAUUGUGUGACCCUAGAAGCUAUGCUCCUACUGUCCAGCGGGCCCCUCCUGGCUCGCUAGUGCCCUUGAAUGCCCUUCACAGAAGAGAGCAAAGCACUUGGCUCUGCACUGGUACCACUUUUGCUAAAAAAAAAAAAAAAAAAAAAAAAAAAAAAAAAGGGCUAUAGUCGGCACUACUGAACUGGUUAAGCAAAUCUAUACAAAUGAUAAAGGCCCUAGGUACUAAGCAUCAUAUAGGGGCCUGCUGGGGAAGACUCUUAUUCUGAAGCCAGAGAGCUGUCCUUUUGAGUCCACAGCAGCGCCUACUACCCUGCACUGGAGCUGCUGGUUGGAGACUUAGCUCCAGACUUGCCUUGGGGUUUUGUUAGCUUUGUUAGAGACAGCUGUCACUAAGCCUGAGGAGCCCUCACCACGCCUCUUGCGGCUUUCACCUCCUCACCAGAGCUGUACACCAUGGUGGGGCUCUGUCACUUGAGGUGGUCUCUAAAUGCAAGGGACCCCUUGCAGUCACCACUCCAGUGUUUAGGCACAAUCUAGACACUGUACUCCCUCUCCAGGCUGAGUGGCCUCAGGCCAGGUCAUCCUCCAAGUGUGCUGUCCUUAUCCUCAGAAAGAGGCCCGAAGGGAAUGGAGUAAAUAAAGCAAAGAAGCAAACAUCUUGUUUCUGCCACA